UGACAAACACCAUGUGUACAUGUGUAACGAAGUCUAUUCACAGAGAACUUUACGCAUUGUUAACUGCCCUUUCUGUGGUAACUGGAUUUAUUAACGACCCACUUGACUCCACCACAUUACGUACCACCACCACCACCACCCCGACUCCACGUCCCAAUACCGGAAGUCCUGUAGGGCCUUCCAACCCAGGAGAAAUCCCAGCCCAGGUCCAGACUCAGUUAAAACAAAUGCAGGACUCUUUGGAAGAACUAUCGAAACAAAACGCUGCUCUCAAGUUACAAGUGACGUCACUGGAAAAUGACGUCCAAACAUUGAUCCAGAUGCAGGAAAGGGUACGACAAUUAGAGGAGGAUAACCUGCAAACAAAACAAAAACUGGCAGCCAUACAAAGUAGUGGUAGUCUCUCUACAAGAGUGGAGGCGCUAGAAUCUUCUCAGCCUCAAAUAAAAUCCGAUAUAUCCAGUUUAAAGCUUCAGCUGGGAACCACGUCCAGGGCCUUUAACUCAGCAAUGCAAGGGAUCCAGACGUCACUAAACGGUGUGAAACAGACCGUGAACCAACUGGUAGCUGGAACCGUGACGACUGCGAGUCCUGGGGGGCACGUGAUCACGCCUUCUUCUGGGACUGUGACAUCCUCAUUAGCACCAGCACAUACUACGCCAUUUACUACGAUAUUGCAUGAUUGUCUGGAUGUUUACUCCAAUGUGCCGACUCCUGGGGUCUAUACCAUUCACCCCCCACAGUCCCCACAUCCGUUCCCCGUCUACUGUGAUCAGGGUUGGACUGUCAUACAGAGGAGAACUGAGGGGCGGAUCCCGUUUUCAAGUCCAUACAGAAAAUGGCCGGAUUUUCUCAAUGGUUUCGGAAAUGUCUCUGGUGAUUACUGGUUAGGAAAUGAAAAAGUUUUCAAUAUUCUUGCCCAGAAUUCGUACAAACUGAGGGUGGAGGGGGUCGGUUACAGCGGUAAACUAUACUGGGCGCAGUACGAGGAGUUCCGGAUAGAGAAUGAGAGAAACUACUACCGACUCAAUGUGUCUGAAUAUACGGGUAAUUACGCUGAUACCAUGGAAACAGCCAAUGGAAAUAAGUUUGUAACCCAGGAUCAUCCGGGGGAUGUGAGUUUCUUUCGGGACUGCUCUGGACUUCUCGCUGGUGGUUGGUGGGCGAAUACUACGACAUCUGUCCCCAACUGUGGAUACGACUUAAACGCCAUGCAUACUCAAACUGGUGGUUUCUGCAUGAGUUUUGCUGGAAUCUGUGUCAAUACUUCUAUCAUGAAGAUUACUCCAACUUCUACAGUAACCGUUAUAGGUUGAGUUACAAAGUGGCUAGAAUACAUGAAUUGUUGUUCAGUAAGAGAGCAUGACA